GCUCCUCUCCAAAGAUUUCAAAAAUGGAGUCUCUCACAACUACUUACCCACUGAAAUACUCAGUGCCCAAGGCCAGGGUCUUUGUUGUCUUUCUGUCAAUGGUUUUGUGUACUGCCAUCCUCUGCCUGCUGCAACUCAGAUUUUUUAAACCUAAAAUCAAAGAUUUUUAUUCUUUUGAAGUCAAGGAUUCACGAGGAAGGAUUGUUUCCUUGGAGAAGUACAGAGGGAAAGCAACUUUGGUUGUAAACGUGGCCAGUUACUGCCAGCACACAGACAAAAAUUACAUCGCACUGCAAGAACUACACAGAGAGUUUGGUCCCUCCCACUUCACUGUGCUGGCUUUUCCCUGCAACCAGUUCGGAGAAUCAGAGCCUAGUUCAAGCCAGGAAAUAGAAUCUUUUGCCAAAGGAAACUAUGGAGUAACCUUCCCCGUUUUCCACAAAAUCAAGAUCCUAGGAUCAGAAGCAGAGCCCGCCUUUAAAUUUCUAAUAGACUCUUCAAAGAAAGAGCCUCGAUGGAAUUUCUGGAAGUACCUUGUCAGCCCUGAGGGUAAAGUUGUGAAAUUCUGGAGGCCUGAAGAGCCCAUAGAAAGCAUCAAGCCAGAAGUAGCAUCAUUAAUCAGGCAGAUUAUAAUGAAAAAAAGAGAAGACCUCUGAAAAAGCCGUUCAUACUGUGAAUCCAUUCAACAGCUAGUAACAAACAGAUUUUGAUAUUCCAUUAAUACAUAAUUUCCCUGACUGAAAGACAUGGGGCCCAGAGGCAUUGUACAAGGUUUUUAGAGACAAAUGCAACUGAAGAUACCAGCUUUGCAAUUUCUUCUCGAGGAAGAUUACUGAAUUGUGAAGCUGUCACUUAGUUGUAAAAAAUUGUACAUAUAAAAUUAUUAAAAGAAAAAAUUAAAAAUUG